AUGUCAGAAUCACUUGACUUAUUACCAAAAAGUGCAGGAUAUGGGGUUCUUAUUGGAGUUGGUGCAUUUUUCGCUCUCUUCAUCAUAAUUGCAACAAAAUUAAGUAAUAAAUAUCUAAAUGAAAAUUCAGAAUCAACAGAAAUGUUCAUGGUUGCAAAUCGUUCAGUUGGGAUUGGUCUAACAGGUAGUGCAGUUUAUUCAAGCUGGACAUGGGCAACUGCAUUAUUAUGGGUUGUUACGAUGGUUUAUCUUUAUGGUGUUCAAAGUGCAUUUUGGUAUGCUGCUGGUAGUUCUAUACAAAUUUGUUUCCUUGCUGUUAUUGGGAUUGAAGCUAAGAAGAAAAUACCUACAAGUCACACAUGUUUAGAGAUUGUUCAAUUAAGAUAUGGACGUACAGGUCAUGUUAUUUAUAUGAUUUUAUGUUUGAUUAAUAAUUUGGUUUCUGCAAGUUCAAUGAUUUUGGGUGCUGCUGGUGCUAUUAGUGCAAUGUGUGAUAAUUUACAUAUUGUAGCAGCUACAUUAUUGAUCCCAUUUGGUGUUUUGUUAUAUACAGCUGUUGGUGGGUUGAAAUCAACUUUUCUUACAGAUUACGUUCAUUCAUUCAUCUUGUUGAUUAUAUUAUGUUAUAUCAAUACAGCGGCUAUUUCAAGUGAACAUAUAGGUGGAAUUGAUGGACUUUAUGACAAGAUUAUCAAGAAGGAAGCAGCUGGUGAAUUAAGACAUAUUGCUGGGAAUUUUAAAGGUUCAUUUUUAACAGCUAAAUCUCAAGGUGCAGUCUUCUUUGGUUUAAUCCAUUCAAUUGGUGAUACUGGAUUAACUAUUAUGGAUUCAUCAUUUUGGCAAAAAUCAUUCAGUGCCGAUUUAAGAGCAAGUGUACCAGGUUAUUUAAUUGCAGCUGUGUUGAUCUAUGCAAAUGUUUGGGCUUUGGGUAUUGUCUUAGGGUUAGGUAAUGUUAUCAUUGAAGAUUUACCAAUCUUCCCAACAUAUCCAAAUAAAAUGACGACUGCUGAAGUUAAUUCUGGAUUUGGAUUGAUUUAUACUACAAAGGCAUUAUUAGGUACUGGUGCACUUGGUGCUUUGUUAUUAUCAAUUUAUCUUAGUGUUACAUCUACCGUGAGUGCUCAAUUGAUUUCUGUUAGUUCAAUUAUAAGUUUUGAUAUUUAUAGAAACUAUAUCGAACCAAAUGCAACAAAUAAACAAUUAAUCACUGUGAGUCAUUUAGGUGUUGUGUUCUUUGGGCUUUUCGCUGCAGGAUUCUCCAUCAUGUUACAUUAUGUUGGUGUUGAUAUGACAUGGUUUGGUUAUUUUUAUUCAAUGUUGAAUUGUCCUGGUGUUAUACCAAUGAUUUUCUUGUUAACUUGGAAACAUCAAACUAAAUUAGCAUUCAUAAUAAGUCCAAUACUGGGUAUUAUUGGAGGUCUUGCUGUCUGGAUUGGUUCAGCUUAUGGUUUAUAUGGUGAAGUUACUAUUUCAACUACAGGUCAACAAUUACCUUGUCUUUAUGGUGGAUUAACUGCAUUAAUCUUACCUGGUAUCUCCACGGUUUUGAUCAGUUUGAUUAAGCCUGCAAACUAUGAUUGGAAUGAAUUAACUAAGCAGAGUCAAUUGAUUGCUGUUGAAGAAAGUGAUAGUGAUAAAGAUUCAAAUUCAGUGAACGAAAAAAAUGACCAUGAUAUAGUAACAAAAGAAGUUGGUUCUUCAAAUGAAAAUGAUCAAGGUGAACCUGUCAUUGUUCAAGCAGAUGAAAGUCUUAUUAAAAAAUAUAGAAUCAUAUUUUAUACUUUUUCAAUUGUUGUUCUAUUAGUUACAUGGGUGGUAUGGCCAUUACCACUUUAUCGUGAUUAUAUUUGGUCAAAGGCAUUCUUCAGAGGUAGUACAGUCAUGGGAUUUGUUUGGCUUUAUCUUGCUUUCAUUGUGAUUGGUCUAUAUCCUUUAUAUGAUGGCAGACAUUCUUUGAAAAGGGUAUUUGAUGGUGUCUUUGGACGUACGCCCACAAAGGUUAAUAAUUAG